GUGAUGAUGACCGAGACGGGCCCAUGCCUGGUGGAAGUCAACAGCCGUUGUCAUGGAGCCAACGGGUCAUGGAUGCCAUUGGCGCUGGCUCUCACAGGUUACACACAGGUGGAGGCUUGCGUAGACGCCUUCAUGAACGCAGAGGCAUUUGAUCGACUUCCUCAUGCACCCCCUGAUUUUAUGGCGUUCGGAAUUUUGGCCAUGCUGCUCUCCUACCAUGAAGGGCAUGCGGAAUCCACAUGUUUCGACAAGGUUCGGGAGCUCCAGUCUGUGGUCUUCCUGGAAGAACAAAUGUCUGCUGGCCGUUGGGUGAAAAAGUCGACUGACAUGCCCAGCCUCAUCGGCAUGUGUGUCUUGGUGCACGCUGAUCCCACAGUAGUGGCGAGAGAUUUGGAAGCCAUUCGUGAGAUGGAGCAGGAGGGUUCUUUGUAUGUAUUGGCCGACUAA